UAUUAUUAUUUUUAUUUGUGUUUUUUUAAAAUAAAAGCUGGUUAUUUCUGUGAUUUUGUGAACCCGGCCCAUUUCGAAGCGAAUCGGGUUCGGUUAGGGUAAACACACGCGUAGCACGUGUUGAAUACCCACUUGUGAACUAAAACAGACCAACAAGCAAAGGAGAAUUCAAGAGGAAGAAGAAGAACACAUUUCGAAAAGAAAAAAAAAAAGUAAAUCAGCGUAGGGUUUUUUUUUUUAAUUAUUUUUUUUUCCGCAAAUUUCCGUUAGUUUUCAUCCGCGGAAGGAAGGAAACUUCUGUUCGAAGAUAGAGAAAAUUUGUUGUUGUUGUUGAUUUAGGUUAAGCAGCCGGAGGAUUUGGAAUUAAUUAAGCUUUUUCCCCGGUUUUGGAAGAGGAUUAAGAUAAAUUCCUGCUUGGUGAUUUCUCUUGGAAUAAUUUUUGCAUUAUUCUCGAUCGAACAGGGCAUUUUCGAAGUCGGUUCUGAACCAAGAUAAUGCUUGGAAAUACAGUAGUUUGUUCUGAUCCAACUUCCGGUAGAUGAUGAAUCUUGACGACUUCUUCACCUCGACCGAGAUGAAUAACGGGCUUGUGGCCCCUUACCGGGUCCGAGAAUUUAUGGCCGUCAUGCAGAAAGAAAGAGAUUGUGUUGCAAAGAACACUGCUGACUCCACAAGGCAGUGGUCUGCAGUUGCAAGUGCUAUAGCUGCCACCGAUAACAAGGAUUGUCUCGAUCUUUUUAUCGAGUUGGAUGGCCUUCGCUUCAUCUCCAAUUGGUUGAAGGAUUCACACAAGUUCAGUGAUGACACAAUUGACACCUCUGUUGAAGAGUCUAUUACCCAUUUGCUGUGUGCGCUUGGAAAAAUGCACUUGGACUAUGAAAAACUUGUUCAGUCUGAAAUCUUGGCGACUGUCCAGGAUUUCCUUGUCCACAAAAGUUCCAAGAUUCAGAACAAUGCUAGAGUGCUGUUUGAAAGCUGGGAAAAAAAGAGAGACAGUGAUGCAUCUAUUUCCGAUGUUGAUAAACCGAGAGCUUUGAUUGAUGAUAAGGCGGGAGAGAGUGCUGGUAUAGAGGGUGGUGCAGGAAUUUCGGAAUCUUCUCCAGCAGAUUCUUCUGUUUCAAGAGUAACUUCUGUUAAAGAAAAAGGCGAUGAAUUAACCGGAUUGUGUGCAGUGCUAUCUACAAGUUCUGAUGCUGUUCACGCUGAAAGUGCACGCAAUUCAGACAACAGCUUAGAUCAUGUUAGCUCACCAUCCUCACCGAAGCCUGUAAUGGAGCCCCCAGUGUGUGAUUCAAUUGAUACUACCUUUCAGCCAUUUAUUCCAGCUGUUUCUGGGCAAGAUACUUUGGAGACUCCCACAGAAUUUAAUGACUUGGAGUCGCCUAAUCACAUAAAGCAGUCUUUGAAAAUUGAAGGUUCACCGGAGAAAUUAGGCUCGCUUGAAGAAUCUAAGAUGUCAGAAGGUAGACAGGUUACUUCAACUUCUGAUGCUGUUCAUGAAGUGAAAACUGUAAAGGAACUCAAUUCACGAGAGAACUCGGUAAUUGGAGAUAAGAACUCAUCCGAUGAAGGUUUAUCAUUGGUUGACUCCGAUGGGAAGGAUGCUGCCAUGGAUGCUAGCAGUGAUGCAAAUCAAUGCAAAAGUUCAAGUGCAUCUUACAUUGCUAAAGAAGGGGGUGAUUUUAGCAAUUGUGCGAUGCCGAAAUCCUCUGGCAAUGAAAACCGCUGGGGAGAUUCUAAGGGUUUAGGGACAUUCUUUGAUGGAAAGGUGAAUACAUUUGGCCUGCUUAACAACGAUUCGUCAGAAAAUUAUAGGUUUGGCAAAAAACAAAUAGAUGGGGAAAUUGUAGAUCCUCUAGAAGUCGCUAGGCAGGUGGCCAUGGAGGUGGAGAGAGAAGUUGUUGAUUAUGGAGAACAAAGUUGCAGUUCUUCCGAGAAACUAUUGAAAGGCAAUACCAGUGCCAAUGAGGGCUCACCUAAGGAGGUGGCGGCAAAUGACCAGAAUUUGUCAGAUGAAUCUUCGAAUGAAUCUUCGGCAAUGCAUGAAGAAUCUGCAACUAGCUCCGAAAACUUAGAAACGGAGCAGAAAAACGGCACACAAGAUAUAGCAACCUCUCAAGCUACUGAGGUGGCUCAAGAAAAAGAAGAAGAAGCCAACACAGAGAGAGGCAUCUGCAGCUUUGAUCUGAACGAAGAAGUUCAUAUGGAAGAGUCUGGCAACCAAUUUCCGGCACCUGUUUCUACCGUUUCUGCUUCAAGAGCGGCGGCAGCAGCUCCCGGACAGACGCCAGGUGGUCCAUUGCAAUUUGAGGGAAAUCUUGGCUGGAGAGGCUCCGCUACAACAAGUGCUUUCCGCCCAGCACCACCUCGCCCAUUGCCUGAAAGUGACAAAAUGAACUCAAGAAGAUCCGACAAUCUUGAUUUUGAUCUGAAUGUAGUUGGAGAAUCAUCUUCUGUCGAAAUGAACUCGAGAAGAUCCGAGAAUCUCGAACUGGACCUGAAUCACACAAGUGAAGAUGGUGGUGGAACCCUCUCAGAGUGGCAAAUAGCGAACUUCUUUCCCCAAGCAAAUUCCUACAAUAUUCAGUCUUAUUCUUCAUCAUCUUCAAAGCAGCCAAUAAGCAAUAUUGAUCUGAACGAUCAGCCGUCAUUUCUAACCGAUUCUUCCAAUAAUACCCACAUGAGUAAAGUUUCUCAAAGUCUCGAUUUCUUCGGAGGCAUCAAGCCGGACGAUUCAGCGAUAUCCAUAAUGGGAAGAAGAGUGGAGUUGAAUCGAAAAGAUUCAAACGGCAAAACUCCAGAGCUUGCGAGUAGUUUUCUAGGAAUGGGUCCCGCACUUCAAUAUGCCCAUUCUUCGGUUUAUGGCUACAAUAAUAGUAUGGCUAUGCCUUUCCCAUCUACAGUAUAUGGGUCCGGACCACAGAUUCCUUACAUGGUGGAUUAUUCCAGAGGAGCGCCUGUUAUGCCACAGAUUGUCGGGUCCGCCUCAGCUAAUAUACCAACUGCUUUCUCUCAACCGCUGCCAUUUCUUACAAAUAUGAAUGCUGCAGUUCCUCCAAAUGGGGCUGGGCCUUCACGGAGCAGUUUUGAUCUGAAUUCCGGAAUGUUGACCGAAAGUGGAAGUAGAGAAGAACCUUUGGGGUUAGGUCUGUUCUUAAACUCGGCUAUUGGUGGGAAAAGAAAAGAACCGGAGAAUGGGUGGGAAAAUUACCCUUUUAGGCAUUAUACACCGCCUUGGAAGCAUAAUUGAUUUGUUCGGUACUUUUCUUAGGAUUGGAUUAGGGACCAAUCAGAGGAGACUAGUGAACUUUUAUAGCAUUGGUUAAUUUGAAGUGAGCGAGAGGGGAGAGAUUUACGAGAACAAGACGAUGAUGGGAAUUGCGGGUGUUUACUUGAUUCUUGAGAUCUAGAGGAGAUAAUAGAGAACGAUAGGUUCAAUUUGUCUAAAUUCUUCUAUUAUUUAUAUUGCCCUUUUUUUUCGCUUUAUAGGAAAGCAAAGCACAGGAACUGAUUAUCUGACAUUUCAGUUAAAACUUUUGGAGCUACUGUAAAUAAUUACUUUUUUCGGAACCAUGGGGAUACAUUUACGUUCACUCACUCUUUCUCGUUCAUAGUCAUAUAUAUAUCGUCGCAAUUAUUUUUUUA